CCGCACCCCGCACCGCCGCUCCGCGCCCGCCGCCGUCGACCUCAGCAGAGCUCGCGGAGGAGGGAUCGCCCGGACCCCCGGCGCCCCCCAUCCCGGUCCGGCCCGGGAUGCUGCGCGGUGCUGAGCACUGAGGGGCACCAUGGGGUGCGCGGCGUAGCCCCCCGCCGUGGCCGCCCCGCCGUGGCCGCCCCGCCGUGGCCCCCGCGUGGCGCCAGAGCCCCCUCGGUCGGUGCUGAGCGCUCCUUGAUGGAAUUGCGGUGAAUGGAACAGAAGCCCAGCACCCUGGACCCGCUGUCGGAGCCAGAGGACACCCGGUGGCUGGAUGGGAAGCGCAAAAGAAAGAGCAGCCAAUGUUUGGUGAAGAGCAGCAUGUCAGGGUACAUCCCUAGUUACCUGGACAAAGAUGAACAGUGUGUGGUGUGCGGGGACAAGGCCACCGGCUACCACUACCGCUGCAUCACCUGCGAGGGCUGCAAGGGAUUUUUCCGUCGGACCAUCCAGAAGAACUUGCACCCCACCUACUCCUGCAAAUACGAUGGGUGCUGCGUCAUCGACAAGAUCACCCGCAACCAGUGCCAGCUCUGCCGCUUCAAGAAGUGCAUCUCCGUGGGCAUGGCCAUGGACUUGGUGCUGGAUGACUCCAAGCGGGUAGCCAAGCGAAAGCUGAUCGAGGAGAACCGGGAGCGGCGGCGGAAGGAGGAGAUGAUCAAAUCCCUGCAGCACCGCCCCAACCCCAGCGCCGAGGAGUGGGAGCUGAUCCACGUCGUGACAGAAGCCCACCGCAGCACCAAUGCCCAGGGCAGCCACUGGAAGCAGAAGCGGAAAUUCCUGCCUGAGGACAUCGGCCAGUCCCCUAUGGCCUCCAUGCCCGACGGGGACAAAGUCGACCUGGAGGCGUUCAGUGAGUUUACAAAAAUCAUCACCCCGGCCAUCACCCGCGUGGUCGACUUUGCCAAAAAACUGCCCAUGUUUUCAGAGCUGCCUUGCGAGGACCAGAUCAUCCUGCUGAAGGGGUGCUGCAUGGAGAUCAUGUCGCUGCGGGCGGCCGUGCGCUACGACCCCGAGAGCGAGACGCUGACGCUGAGCGGGGAGAUGGCGGUGAAACGCGAGCAGCUCAAGAACGGCGGCCUCGGCGUCGUCUCCGAUGCCAUCUUCGACCUGGGCAAGUCCCUCUCUGCCUUCAACCUGGAUGACACCGAGGUGGCCCUGCUCCAGGCUGUGCUGCUCAUGUCCUCAGACCGGACGGGGCUGAUCUGCGUGGAGAAGAUCGAGAAGUGCCAGGAGACCUAUCUGCUGGCCUUUGAGCACUACAUCAACUACCGCAAACACAACAUUCCCCACUUCUGGCCCAAGCUGCUGAUGAAGGUGACGGAUCUGCGGAUGAUCGGCGCCUGCCACGCCAGCCGCUUCCUGCACAUGAAGGUGGAGUGUCCCACCGAGCUCUUCCCACCCCUCUUCCUCGAGGUCUUCGAGGACCAGGAGGUGUAGGGCCGACCCCCCCCCCCCACCCUGUGCCCCCCCAACCCCACUCUGGCCCCCCCAAAUCUUUCUCGUCCCCCUGUAAGGACAAGGGGAUGCUGCGCCCAGGGUGGGGGUCCUGCUGUGCCCCCCAACAGCCACCCCCCCCCCCCCCCC